CUAAAUAAAUAUACUCAAGAAAGUUUUCAUUUAACAGUUAUUAUUCUAAUUAUUCACGCGCUUUGUGGGGAUCAACUGUCACAGCUCACAAAGAAAGGGAAAAACGCGUUAUUCUUUUCAGUUAAGAUUUUUUUUUCUUCUAACUCCCAUCCAAAUGUAUUCAUCAUCUCCAAAUCUCAUCUCCAUUUUUUUCUACCACUUCUCCUCCUCCACUUCUUCCUGGAUCCUUCCUCAUAAUCAUCAGUAAAAAAGAAAAAUGGUUUUGGCUGUCGUAUUACUAGCAAUUCUUUUCCUAAUUGGUUUCAUCAAUACUCUUUUCUAUAUCCCUCCAAACAAACUGUUUGUACUGAUCCAAUCUUAUUUCCUAAAAACACUGUUUUCCCAAGAAAAAAAUCACAAGGAAGUGCCCAGGAACAGUAGUACUACUUGUAGUAGUGACAGUGGUACUGUUGUUACUAGUGAUAAGAAUCAUGGUCAUGGGAAAAUGGAACUUGAGAGAGUUUUUGCAACUUUUGAUAAGAAUGGAGAUGGGUUCAUAACAAAACAAGAACUUGGUGAAUCGCUGAAGAAUAUUGGUUUGUUUAGUGAUGAGAUUGAAGUUGAUAGUAUGGUUGCAAAACUUGAUGUGAAUGGUGAUGGGUUGAUUGACAUUGAUGAGUUUUGUGAAUUGUAUGAUUCAAUUAUGGGUAAGAAGAAGAAGAAAGAAAAAAAACUAGGUGAAGAAGAAGAGGAGGAUGAGGAUGAUGAGUAUGUGGAUGAUGAAGAAGAAGUAAUGAAAGAAGCUUUUGAUGUUUUUGAUGGAGAUAAAGAUGGAUUAAUCAGUGUUGAGGAAUUAGGCAUAGUUUUGAAAUCCUUAGGGCUUAAACAAGGGAUGAAGGUUGAAGAAUGUAAAGAAAUGAUAAGAAAAGUUGAUAUGGAUGGUGAUGGUAUGGUUAGUUUUGAUGAGUUCAAAUUGAUGAUGAAAUCUGGAACUACUCUCAUUCAAGUUAUCUCCUAAAAAGAAGGAGGACCUUUGAUGGAUCUACUUGUAAGUCUCUUCAUAUUUUUACUCGCUUUUUCCAGAUCUUAUGUGCAAUCCAGAGAAGAAGACAAAGCUAAAAUGGGCAAUCUCACAGAAGAAUGGGAUUCCCUGAAAGAUUGGAGGAAGAUUGACUUGGUCAACUAUGUAAAUAUUAGCAAACGUUGACUUGUUUUUUUCUUAGUUGGACUUUAUUUUUUCUUUGAUUGAUUUUGGUACUUAGCCAUUUUUCUUUGAUUGAUUUUGGUACUUAGCCAUAGGUGUUCCUUCUAGUACUAGUAUUUUUAUAUUUUAGUUGGUAAAUCAGAUUGGCAAUCCCAAACUUUGUUUUUUUCCUCUACUCUUUUGACUCUUAUCAAUCAAAGUACAAUUACAAAA